AUGCUCCGAACCAUUGCAGGGCAUGGAUGGAGAUCACGUUCUAGUAAACCUGCUCAAAAUGUACAUACAAGCAAACCUGGAGCUGGCUUUAGCUUUGAACUUACUGAUGAACAGAAGGAGUUUCAAGCUACUGCUCGUAAAUUUGCUGUGGAGGAAAUUAUUCCUGUUGCUGCACAAUAUGACAAAACUGGAGAGUAUCCUCUUCCGCUCAUAAAACGAGCUUGGGAACUUGGUCUUAUAAAUUCACACAUACCAGAAAGUUGCGGUGGUCUUGGCCUUGGCAGUUUUGAAGCAUGCCUUAUUACAGAAGAGCUAGCUUAUGGAUGUACGGGGGUCCAAACUGCCAUUGAGGCAAACUCCCUAGGGCAAAUGCCAGUAAUCAUUGCAGGAAAUGAGCAGCAGCAGAAAAAAUACUUAGGAAGAAUGACAGAGGAACCAAUGAUGUGUGCUUACUGUGUAACAGAGCCUGGAGCAGGCUCUGAUGUGGCUGGUAUAAAAACAAAGGCUGAGAAGAAAGGAGAUGAAUAUGUUAUUAAUGGCCAGAAGAUGUGGAUCACAAAUGGUGGGAAAGCAAACUGGUAUUUUUUGCUAGCUCGUACCAAUCCGGAUCCAAAAGCUCCUGCAAGCAAAGCCUUUACUGGAUUCAUUGUGGAAGCAAAUAGCCCUGGAAUCCAAAUUGGAAGAAAGGAAAUGAAUAUGGGUCAGCGCUGCUCUGAUACAAGAGGUAUUGUCUUUGAAGAUGUGAGAGUCCCAAAAGAAAAUGUAUUAAUAGCUGAGGGAGCUGGCUUUAAAAUCGCAAUGGGAGCUUUUGAUAAGACCAGACCACCUGUAGCAGCUGGUGCUGUUGGGUUAGCAAAAAGAGCACUCGAUGAAGCUACUAAAUAUGCUUUGGAGAGAAAAACCUUUGGGAAACCAAUUGUUGAACACCAAGCGGUGUCUUUCAUGCUCGCUGAAAUGGCAAUGAAAGUGGAACUGGCUAGGAUGGCUUACCAGAGAGCUGCGUGGGAAGUCGAUGCUGGCCGCAGGAAUACCUACUAUGCUUCCAUUGCAAAGGCGUUCGCUGGUGAUGUUGCAAACCAAGUAGCUACGGAUGCAGUGCAGAUUUUUGGAGGAAAUGGAUUUAAUACUGAAUAUCCUGUAGAAAAACUAAUGAGAGAUGCUAAAAUCUACCAGAUUUAUGAGGGAACUGCUCAGAUUCAAAGGAUGAUCAUAGCUCGUGAACAUGUUGGCAAAUACAAGGCUUAAAGAAAUGUAUCAAGCACUUCUGGCACUGCUGUGGUGUUCUGUGUUCUCAUGGAAGAGGAUUUUAGUGCAUUUCUUAAUACAAUUAGAUAGGUGUGGAAAAAACCCCUUUUCCUUCAAAAUCUUUUACUUGCAUACAUGAUUAAGCACUG